AUGAACAACUUAGAAAAUUUGGUUCAAGAAUAUUAUACCACAAGUGACAAUAACAGAAGAAUUCAAUUAAAGGCAUACUUAAUUGAAAAAAUAAAAAAUAAAGAAGAAAUUGAAAUAUUAAAAGGGUUAUUACAAAGUUCAAAUAAUGCAUUUGUACAAACAUAUUGUAUAUCGUUAUUAUCACAAGGAAUGUUAGAGUCACCAGAAUUAUUCAUUGGAAUUUCUGAAUCUAUUCAACUCCUCUCACUUCAAUUAUUUAAAAAUAAUCCUCAAAUGAAAAAAUCAGCUUCAACCCUUUUUGCUUCGAGUGUUAUUGGGUGUUGGCAAUUUGAACAUAAUACGCAAAAUUUGGUGAAUACUUUUCAAGUAUUAUCAGAUAAGAAUUAUGACGUUUUUGUUGAUAUGUCAAAUAUUUUAAUCGAUACAUUUAGAACUUAUCAAACAAAACCAAGUUUUCCAAAGAAAAUUACUGCUGAUUUUAGAAAUAGUAUAUUAAUGGUUAUUACUGGGUUAGCUGGAAGUAAUUUAAAUAGACCAGGAAUUGGUGCAAUUUCUAUUUUAGAAAAUGCUAUGUUUGUUUGUAAUAUUACAAAAACUGAUGAAACUGAUGAAACUUUUACGUUUUAUCCAACGAAAGAGUUCUUAGAUUAUUUUAUGUCAAUUUUAGAUAUAAUCAUUUCAAGAGUUCCUGAAUCUUUAAAUUUGAUUGAUCAAUUAGCACGUAUUAAACCAUCUUGUUUUGUUGAUACUAUGGAAAUAGAAGGUUCAAGAGAUUGGUUUGUUAAAAGGUUAGUUAAGGUUGUUGAUUAUUGUGCAACAAGUGGGAGAAUUGAAUUAAUAAAUAUGGGAUCUCAAUUACUAACUGAUCUUCAUGCUACACAUCCAAUUUUUAGUUAUAUUAAUCAAGAGUUUAUUGACCAUAUUUCUGCAUUUACUACAUUUGCUUGUUAUAAUGGUGAUUCUAGAUCAAUAUAUAAUAUAUUAAGGUUUUGGGGUAUGUAUUCUUUAUACCCAUCAUUUAUACCAAGUUCAUUUGAAUGUGUUGUUGUAUUAUUUUGUAGGUUAAUACAAGAUGAAUAUGAAGAGAUUAAUGAAAGUGCAUUUCUUCAUUUUGGAGUUUUAGCAAAACUAUGUCUUGCAGAAACUUUUAGUAUUUUUGAAACGUUUAUCAAUUUAUUUAUUGAAAAUCAAAGAGUAAAUCAAACAGACUCUGUGUUAUUACAAAGAAUAUUUAAAACAAUUGAAGAUUCAAAAACAAAUGAAGAAAUUUAUUUUAAUAUAUUUUCUAAUCUAAUUAUAUUAUCAUCAUCUAUCCUUGCUGGAAGAGAUCCUACAGACUCUCAAUCUGUUUGUCUUUAUUCAAUGUUUGCAAGAAAGAUAGAUCUUGUAUGUAAAGGAUGUAUAAGUAAUAUUAAUUCAUCUUCGUUUGAUAGAAGUAUAGAAACUCCAAGAUCUAAAGUUCAAAUGGCUAUAUUAAUGUUUUAUAAAAGUUACAUAUCCAGUUAUUUAUGGGAUGAAAGUAAAAAUUAUAGAGAUGAUGGAAUGAUUAUUAUUAGACAAGAGUCUAUAACUAGUGCGUUUGGAUAUUAUUUAUCUUUAAUUGAAAUGAUAUUUACAUUAAUUUCUAUGUGGUGUAGAAAUUAUAAAGUAUUAAUGAAAAUUACUGAAGUAUUAAAAAAAAUUGUUUCUAUUAAUGAGUAUGCAAACAAAGUUGUUAAAUUACCUCCUUUAAAAUUUUUAUUUGAAGAUGACUGUUUUAGUGUAUUACAAAAUGUCUCACUUCCUUUAAAUGAAAUGGUUGAUUUUAGAACAUCUUUUUAUCAAUGCCUUGGGUUAUUAUUAUAUAAUAUUCCAUUAUCAUAUCAUGUUAGAUUUUUAAGACAAUUUUUAAUACCUCAUCCUUUUCAAUUAGUUGAUAUAAGAGCAAUUGUAAAAGCCUCUCAUUCAUGUAUAGAAAAUAUUCCACCAAUUUUUGAACAUAUUUGUGCUCAUAAUGAUAUUUAUUUACAUCCUAUAAAUGGACCAAUUAAUGGAGAUGAUUGGUUUUUUGUAUUAAGAUUAGCAAAACAAAUUACUGUAUCAAGAGAUUUUAAAUAUAAUUAUGCACCUGAAUGUCCAACUGCUUGUAGACUUUUUCACUAUAUUGCUGAACUUGUUAUUAAAUUCUCUGAGUAUGCUUUAGAACAACAAACUCAAAUACUUGCUACACCAAAAGGAGAGUUAUUUGAUAAUUUUAUUAGAAAUGCUUCACUUGCAAUAAAAGUGACUGUUUGGUUGUUAGAUAAUAAUCAUAUUAAUUUCGCAGCAUUUAAAAUAUACAAUGAUAAUACUGUUACUAUGUUAAUUAAUGCUAUAGCAUCAUUGUCAAUUAUGAUAGAAAAUUAUUCAUUAAAUUAUCCAAAAACUUUUGAGAUAUUAUUAAAGUACUGUGAAAAAAUGGCAGAACAAGUAGUUUCACUUCAACUUGAAAGUGAAAAAGUUCAAUUUAUAUUUAGGUUUGCUUGUAGAGCAUUAAAAGAGAAAAAAGUAUUAUGGAUAGUAACUGGAAGUUCAAGCAUUGAAUCAAUAUUAUAUUCUGCAUAUAAUCAACGAAGUACAAAUGAAUAUUGCGUAGUAUUAUUAAAAGCGCUUCAAGGAUUAAUACCUGAUAUAAUAAUGAAUGCCUUUGAUAAUUUAUUUAAUGAAUUUGAAGCAUGGACAUUAGAAAGAUUAAUAUUUGCUAUUAUUGUUAUAUACCCAGAUAUUUAUCAAAAAACUCAAUUUAGAAUUGCAAGUUUUAUUCAAAAUUCUGUAAAACGUCAAAAAUUUAUGUCAUAUUUCCAAAUGAUCGAUUUAGGAGGAACUAUGGAAUUAGACGAUCGUAAAAUGAGUUCGUUUGAUGAACGAUUAAAAGAAUUCAUUAAAGCAAUUAAACCACUUUAUCAUAAUAAUGGAUAUGAAUAA